AUGUCACCCUCAUCAAGUAGCAACAAUACCAACAUGAACAAUAAUCAAGAUCCAACAACAUUCAAGAAGAGAAGGAAACAAGAAGAAUCAUCCACAAUGAAGAAACAAAAAAAUGAUCCAUCCAUAGAGACCUCCAUGGACCAUCAAGUCGUUUCCAAAUUUUCUGAAGAAACUCUUGUUCGGGACCUUUUCAAUCAACGAAACGACCUUCAGUUGGAUCAUUCAAAUCUCAUUCUCAAAAAAGAUCAUGUAUUAAGACCCAUUUGGAUUUGUUCCGAUGUGGAUGAACGAUUCCAUAUUUUCAUGGAGACAUGUUCUCCAAUCUAUCUACAAGCGUAUGAUUUUCUAGUGGCAAUAGCUGAACCCAUUUCUCGUCUUGAAAGCUUUCAUGAAUAUAUAUUGACCGAAUAUUCUCUUUUUGCUGCUGUUAGUAUUGGAAUGAAUACUGAACAUGUGAUUCAAAUGUUGGACAAGUUGAGUAAGGUACAAUUACCAGAUUCGUUAAUUAACUUUAUUACGGAAGUAACAAGAAAAUAUGGUAAUGUUAAACUUGUUCUACAGAAAAAUCGAUUUUUCAUGGAAUCGCAACAUUUAAGUGUUAUGGAAAAAUUAUUGGAGGAUUCUAUCAUUCGUUCAGCUGCUGUCAGUCCAUCAGAUCGAACAGAAUUUCCAAACAUUGAUUCGAGUGGAAGAUUCAUUAUUAAAUCAAAGCCAUUGGAAAUUGAAAAAUUCCAAAAACAAGCAUUAAUUUCAAAUACCAAAUCUGUUCCAUUUAAAAUUCAAACAGAAAUGAUUCAAGUAGAUCAUGAUCAAAUAGACAAUUACGACAACCAUGAUGAUGAUUGUGACAUGUCUUCCACACACGUAAUAACAAACUAUUAUCAAUUUGAAAUUCAUCCCAACCAAGUUGAACAUGUCAAAAAGAGAUGCAUUGAAAUUGGUCUUCCCACUCUCGAAGAAUAUGAUUUCAGAAAUGACAGUUCCAACAAGUCAUUACGCAUUGAUUUGAAACCAACAACUACCAUUCGAUCCUAUCAAGAAAAAUCACUCAGCAAAAUGUUUAGCAAUGGAAGAGCAAGAAGUGGAAUUAUUGUCUUGCCAUGUGGUGCUGGAAAAACACUUGUUGGAGUCACUGCUGCAUGUACUGUUAAAAAGAGAACACUCGUAUUGUGUAUCAACUCGGUGAGUGUUUUACAAUGGAAAAAUCAAUUUAAAUUAUGGAGUACCAUCGAUGAACGUCAAGUCAUUGUGUUCACCUCUCAAGAAAAGGAUUCACUUCCAAAAGAGGAACUCCAAGAACCUUUGAUCAUUAUUACGACCUAUUCCAUGUUGACACAACAACACAAGAGAAGUGGUAAAUCGAAGGAAAUGAUGAAUUAUAUUCAAAGUAGAGAGUGGGGUUUACUCAUUUUGGAUGAAGUUCACGUCGUGCCAGCUCAUCAAUUCAGAAAUGUCUCCAGUUUAAAAUCGCAUUGUAAACUUGGACUCACAGCCACUCUCGUUCGUGAAGAUUCGAGAAUUGAUGAUUUAUACUUUUUGAUUGGUCCAAAAUUAUACGAAGCCAAUUGGCUCGAUCUUCAAAAAAAGGGACAUCUCGCUCAUGUUCAAUGUGUAGAAGUAUGGUGUCCAAUGACUGCUGAAUUCUAUGCCGAAUACUUGAUUGCUAAUGCCAAGAAGAAGACUCUCUUGUAUGUCAUGAAUCCAAACAAAUUCAGAGCGUGUGAAUUUUUAAUUCGAUAUCAUGAAAAACAAGGAGAUAAGAUUAUUGUAUUUAGUGAUAAUGUCUUUUCAUUGGAACAAUAUGCCACGAAACUCAAACUUCCAUUCAUUUGUGGUAACACGACGCAACAAGAAAGAAUUGAGGUUUUGAAUCGAUUCAGACAAGGUCGUCCCUUUAACACCUUGUUUAUGAGUAAGGUUGGUGACACGGCGAUUGAUAUUCCAGAAGCAACAGUCAUUAUUGAAAUUUCCUCUCAUUUUGGAAGUCGAAGACAAGAAGCACAACGUUUGGGAAGAAUUUUACGUCCAAAGGCAGGAGGACUGAACCAUCAACACGCUUAUUUUUACACAUUGGUCUCUCAAGACACACGUGAAAUGUUCUACUCAACUAAGAGACAACAAUUCUUGAUUAAUCAAGGUUAUAAGUUCAGAGUGUUGCCAGAUAUUGAAAAGUAUUAUGAACAUUGUGCAAGUGGUGAAUUAGGAUUGUCCUAUGGUCGCACCACAAUCAAUGAGAAGGAAUGGCUUGGUGUGGUCAAAGCGGCACGUGAUGCAUGUGGUGACGAAGAAAAAGUGGAUGAUGAGAGUAACACUCAACAAGCAUCAAUUUCUAUGGCACAGCUUUCAGGAGGACAAGGAGUUGUUUAUCAUGUACUUGAUGGAAACACUGUAAAGAAUAAGAGAAACAAGUCUACAGUGUCAGCUGCAGUUCAUCCACUCUUUAAGAAUAGAAAUUCUUCAUCCAAAUAUUAA